GUUUCCGCUUGACUCUCUCAAAGACCAUCCGCCGGGAUCAAAAUACAAACAAUGGGAAAGAAGCACAAAAAGCACAAAUCUGACAAACACGCUCAUGAAGAGUUCAAUGAAAGGCCGCUCAAACUAGUGCUGAAGGUGUCUGGAAAUGAAGUGACCACUGGAAGCUCGAGUCGGGACACUUUCUACGAUGAUCAGUCCACUGACAACGACAAGCCCAACAAGGAUAAGAAGAAGAAAAAGAAGAAGGACAAAGACAGGGGCUUUAGUUCACCAGAAGAUAAGGGCAAGAAAAAGAUGGCAAAGAAGAGAAAAGUACAUGAUGGGGAGGGAGACGAAGACUCAGAACAAUGCAGGACACCAAUACGCUCUGAACUGGAUAAACUAGAAGCUGAGAAAGAGCAGACUCCUCUACAGGAAGCCUUGAACCAACUUCUCAGACAGCUUCAAAGGAAAGACCCCAGUGCAUUUUUCUCAUUUCCUGUCACAGACCUUAUUGCACCUGGAUACUCAACUAUAAUCAAGCGGCCUAUGGAUUUCAGUACAAUGAAGGAGAAAGUAAAGAAAGAGCAGUACCAAUCACUGGAUGAACUCAAGGUGGAUUUCAAGACCAUGUGUGAAAAUGCCAUGAUUUACAACAAGCCUGAGACAAUUUACCACAGAGCUGCGCGGAAGCUGCUAUACUCUGGAUUGAAAAUCCUAAGUCAAGAGCGACUGCAGAGCCUGAAGCAAAGCAUUGAGUUCAUGUCUGGUCUUGACCCUGCUGCCAAACAGACAGGGAAGUGUGAUGAACCCACAGGACUGGACCCGAGCAGAGAGGGAGCCAUGACCACAGACAGCAGUGAGAGCUCCCAGGCUCCAAGCACUCCCAGACAUGACAAGGACUCAAAAGAGGACCCAGCAAAGGCAGAGAAAGAGCUAGAGGAAAUCCGCAAGGUCAUUGAAGAAUCUGGCGGAAAGCUCUCAAACCGAGUGCUGCAAUGUGAUUUGGAGUUUGCUCGUCAAAAGACUGAUGGUUCCACUACGCUAGCUAUUCUCAACCCUGCUGAUCCAGCAGUGGGUGAUGUGGGUUACUGCCCUGUCAAGCUGGGCAUGAUGUCCAACCGGUUACAAAGUGGUGUCAACUGUCUACAGGGCUUCAGAGAGGACAAAAGAAAUAGAAUCACUCCAGUGUCCUACAUGAACUAUGGGCCAUUUACCUCCUUUGCGCCCACAUAUGACUCCAGUUUUGCUAACAUCAGUAAAGACGAUUCUGACCUCAUCUACUCCUUCUAUGGAGAGGAGUCCAGUCUGCAGGGCUCAGACAGUCUAUCAGAGUUCCUUGCUAAAUCUGAUGAAUAUGUGUAUAAAAUGGCUGACAACAUAUUGGAUGCAAUGACAAAUGGAGAGCAUUCCAAAAUCUUGAAGGAGACUGGGAAGGAACAGCCUGUGGAAGAACCAACAAAUACUGAAGUAGAUGACAAAGAUGGCAUGGAGGUUAUGGAAUCUGAAGCACCCAAAAUUGAGAACUUGACUGAUGAGGAAUGCGCUGAAGAGGUUCUUCACAUCCAGCAGAAACUGGAUGAGACUACAAAGCUACUGCGUGACUUACAAGAAGCCCAGAAGGAGCGUCUAAGCACUAAGCAGCCACCUAAUACAAUCUGCCUUUUGGCCCCAACCACCAAGGAGCUGGAGCUGGUUGAAAAAGUGACAGGCAACUUGACAAAGCUUACGGGACAGGUGGCUCCUAGUGAUGUAUGCAGUCUUCAUGGCAUUAGAAAAGCUAUGGGCAUUUCCUUACCCUUCGAAAUGGCAGAGAAUUUCAUAGACCUCUCAACAGUUCAAGAAACGGCUGAACCUAUGGAGACUCUUCCAACAUGUCCAGAUGUGGCACCAGUUGUAGCUGUAAACUGAAUCACAUUUCCAAACUGAAUAACUUAAGUUUUGUAUGAACAUUCUUUUUGUGUGAUGUUUGUUUGCAUUUGAAACAAUAAACAUUUUAUAUAAA